GGGUUGGGAGGGCCCCUGGGAGGGCCCCCCCAGCACCUAAGGCUGCCAUGUCAUCGGGUGACCUAGAGAAUGACGAGCAGGCAGCCAGCGCCAUGUCGGAGCUGGUCAGCACGGCCUGCAGAUUCCGGCUGCACCAUGGCAUGAAUGUGCCCUUCAAGCGCCUAUCUGUGGUCUUUGGAGAACACACACUCCUGGUGACUGUGUCAGGACAGAGGGUGUUUGUGGUGAAGAGGCAGAACUGAGGCCGGGAACCCAUUGAUGUGUGAGCCUGCCAGAGGGCAAGGGGCAGCUGCCGCUAUAACACAAGACAGAAAGCUCCUCAGCCACACCCACACCUAACCUCCCUGGAAGCACAGGGGCUUAGGGCCCACAUGCUGUUAAGGAGAGCUCAAAGGAAAGUCCCUCCCUCCUAAUAAACAUGCAUCUGACCUCCAAAAAAAAAAAAAAA